AUGUCCCACCUCACCUAUUAUAACUACGAAGGAGUUGGAAAAAGGAACCAGCAAAAGUUCAAAUAUAGCCAAGCUGUGCGCAUAGGUGAUCGCAUUGAAUGCUCUGGACAAGGCGGCUGGGACCCAAACACUGGGGAGUUCUAUAAAGAGAUCAACGAGCAGAUCGACCAGGCGUUCAAGAACGUCGAGCUGAAUCUGAAGAACGCUGGCGGCAAAGGGUGGGAGCAGGUCUUCCGCGUGAACUCGUACCAUGUCCCCAUCAACAACGAAGCGCUGGAUGCCAUGGUUAGAAACUUCAAGAAGUAUAUGCCAAAUCAUGAGCCCCUUUGGACUUGUGUGGGCGUGACGAGGUUGGGGGAGGAUGACAUGAGGGUUGAAAUUGAGGUGGUGGCGCAUGAUCCGAAAUAG